CGGGUAAACAGACAUGGCGGGCGAGGGGGACCCGCAGGACGCUGCGCACGACAUGGGCAACCACCUGCCGCUGCUGCCUGCAGAGAACGAGGAAGAAGAUGAACUUGAAAUGGAAGUUGAAGACCAGGAUAGCAAAGAAGCCAGAAAACCAAGUGUCAUAAACUUUGACACCAGCCUGCCCACGUCGCACACGUACCUGGGGGCCGACAUGGAGGAGUUCCACGGCAGGACGCUGCACGACGACGACAGCUGCCAGGUGAUCCCGGUGCUGCCGCAGGUGGCCAUGGUGCUCAUCCCGGGGCAGACGCUGCCCCUGCAGCUCUUCAGCCCGCAGGAGGUCAGCAUGGUGCGCAGCCUGAUCCAGAAGGACCGGACCUUCGCCGUGCUCGCGUACAGUAACGUACAGGAGAGGGAGGCGCAGUUCGGAACCACCGCGGAGAUCUACGCCUACCGGGAAGAGCAGGACUUUGGAAUCGAGGUGGUGAAAGUGAAAGCGGUCGGAAGACAGAGGUUCAAGGUCCUGGAGCUGAGGACACAGUCGGACGGAAUCCAGCAGGCGAAGGUGCGGAUCCUGCCCGAGUGUGUGCUGCCCUCCACCAUGGCCGCCGUGCAGCUCGAGUCCCUCAACAAGUGCCGGAUGGUGCCGGCCGCGCCCGCCUCCCGGGAGGACCGGUGCUCACACAAGUGGUGGCAGAAGUACCAGAAGAGAAAAUUUCAUUGUGCAAAUCUGACCUCGUGGCCCCGCUGGCUGUAUUCCUUGUAUGACGCAGAAACGUUAAUGGACAGGAUCAAGAAGCAGCUGCGGGAAUGGGACGAAAACCUGAGAGAGGACUCUCUUCCUUCCAAUCCAAUAGAUUUCUCUUACAGAGUAGCUGCUUGUCUCCCCAUUGACGACGUGCUGAGGAUCCAGCUCCUGAAGAUCGGCAGUGCUGUCCAGCGGCUGCGCUGCGAGCUGGACAUCAUGAACAAGUGUACGUCUCUGUGCUGUAAACAAUGUCAAGAAACAGAAAUAACAACCAAAAACGAAAUAUUCAGCCUGUCCCUGUGUGGGCCCAUGGCGGCCUACGUGAACCCCCACGGGUACGUGCACGAGACGCUGACCGUGUACAAGGCCUCCAACCUGAACCUGAUCGGCCGGCCGUCCACGCAGCACAGCUGGUUUCCUGGGUUCGCCUGGACGGUCGCCCAGUGCAGGGUCUGCGCCAGCCACGUCGGAUGGAAAUUCACAGCCACCAAAAAGGACAUGUUACCUCAGAAAUUUUGGGGUUUGACUCGCUCUGCUCUGCUGCCCACGAUCCCGGACACCGAGGACGAGCUGAGCCCCGAGAAAGUGGUGCUCUGCUUGUGAACACGGGAGGGCCCGCUGCUCCACAGGCUGGGGCCCCGGCAGUGCCGCUUCGGGGACCGACCCGCAGAGCGGCCGGGAAGGGGGCAGCCUCUCGGCCACGGGGCUUUGGAGGUGUAGCCUCACCGGCCCUGUGGGCGAGGAAGAGCCGCCGGACGCCUGGUUCUCAGGAACGCCCACCUCCACAGCGUGCCGGGGUCCUGGGCAACCUGGUGUCCGGCGGCUCGUCACUGGCAGACUGCUUCCCGCACAGAGCACGCGACACUGGGAUGGAGGGCGACCCUGUGAGGCGCGUGCAGAGUGGCACCCAGUCCCGUUUGAAGGGGUGAGGCGGUGGGGAGGGCUUCAGAGCCCUUUUACUGGCCUUGAUUCCUCUCGGCUUCUAGUUUCCCCGAGACCCUGGUUUGUAAAUAUUAGUUAAGAGAGGCAGCUUGAGCCCCAAAGCAGUUUUCAUUUUCUCACGUGUCCGUCAGUAAAACCCAGGAUGGGAGCGUCUGCUCAGUGUCUGACUGUGACACUGCGGGUUCCGCUCCAAGCGCAGUCGGAACCUGGGCCACUAAGGAGCAGGCGCUCCGUGCCUCCCCGGGAGGCCACAGGCAGGCGCUGUCUUCCUGGGCUGUACUGUUCAGGGCCGACAGGAAACCUGUACGGAAACGUUAAGAGCAAAAGUAAAACAUGUUCUUGGUUUAAGUCACGGGCACCGCCUACGCGAGCAGACGGCGUGGGUGUAAGAAGUAACUUGGAGACGGAGUUCUCUGUGCUGGUUCGCCACCUACCUCUUUGCUUGCACAUUGAGGGGUCCCUAGGGUCCCCCCAUUGUGUGAGCUACGGUGGUCCCGCUAGUCCUUCGCUGCUUCACCCAAUUCACUGGGGAAAGUUCAACUACGGGGGUAAAACGUGAGGCCAAACCAACCUUGUCUUUACCAGACAUGCACCCGUGUGGGCUGCCUCGCCCGCACACACCAGUGACCACCCUGCACGUGCCACCUCGUUCCAGACGCCACGUCUGUCCCCGUGCUUUCCUGUGGCCCUGAUGACUGCCGGGACCCUGUCCGCCAGUCGCUCUGCACACCCAGCGAGGGCGGGACGCAGCUGUGACAUUGCCCCUGAAGGUGUCAUCUCAGAAUGUCCCUUAUUGCUCACUGACACUUGCAAAUAAAACUCUUAAUAAGUAAA